AUGCACGGCCCCCGCGACUCGAUGGACGGGGACGAGAUCGAGCAGGAGAAGCUCAUCCUGCAUCAUAUCGACUCGGACCAGUAUGGCCGCCCGGUCAUGCACUCGGUGCCGAGUGAGGGUGUCGAGAACGCGUCUGCGCCACUGGAGCAGGGCUACGUGCCGCCUGCCCAGCGCGACGACCACCUCGAUCACCAAGGGCGUCCUGAAUGGCUGCGCAACAUGACGUUGCAGGUGAUGCCUCCACCGCAGCGCCGACUUGUUCGUCUUGGCACGCUCGUCGUCAUCCUAGGUAUGGUGGCGGGCCUCUUUUACUUUGCGCUAGGCCCGUCGUCGUCGGAGCCCGCGGCGGCAGCGCCAAGCACACAGGCCGCUACCACAGAGGCACACAUCGACAUGGCGUCACAGGCCGCCGCUACGUUCGGCACGGAUGUAGGGUACCCCGGUCCGUAUCGGGCGGGGGAGGCGCCGCACUUUGCCGACGAGAUGGUCGCUGCGACGCCGACGCGUGGUGCCUCGCCGAUCCAGACGGCCAUUCCGCACUUUACACAGUUCCGCCCAUUUGAUCAUAUGGGCCCCCUUACGCCGUACAAAUCGGCGCAGUUCGCUGGCGUCGACAACGCGCGGUACCUGGCGACGCCUCAGGCGGCGAACGGAACGUGCAAGCUAUCGCAAGUGCACAUUUUACAUCGCCACGGCGCGCGCUACCCCACGCAAGGCGCGCCAACAGAGCUUGUCAAGGCACUGCUCGCCACGCGCCACACACUUGCCUUCUCCGGGCCCCUCGAGUUCCUCAAGACGUACGAGUACCGCCUGGGCGAGGAACUUCUUGUGCCGCUUGGCCGCGAGCAGCUGCACAUGGCCGGUGUGCAAGCGGCGAUGGACUAUGGGCGUCUUGCGGCGGCCGACAAAGCGCAAGGGCGGCGCCUCUUUGUGCGUGCGGGCAGCCAGCAGCGCAUUGUCGACAGUGCCCUGGCGUGGGUCACGGGCUUUUGGGGCGCAUCGUGGGCGCAGCACACGGACAUGGAUGUGCAGAUCGAGGCGCCCGGCUUUAAUACGACCCUCGCGCCGAACUUUGCAUGUCGCGCGGCCAAGGAUGCGUUCCGCACGGAAGCGUACGUCAACGAGACGCUUGCCUCGACGGCGCACCGCCUGCAGAAAUACGUCAAGGGCGCUACGCUGACGCCCAUGCUGCUGUACGGCAUGCAGCAGCUGUGCUCGUACGACACAGUCGCGUUUGGGCGCAGCGACUUUUGUGCGCUUUUCACGCGCGAGGACUGGCUUGCGUACGAGUAUGGGUGGGACCAGCGCUUCUACUACGACUAUGGGGCGGGCCACCCCACUGGUGCCGCAAUGGGUCUGGGGUGGCUUGACGAGUUUCUGAGCCGCGUCACGCGUACGCCGUGGAAUGCGACAACGCAGACGUCCGAGAACCGCACGCGCAAUGCCAAUGCGGCGCUCUUCCCGGUGGAUCGUGCGGUGUAUGCGGACUUUACGCACGACUCCGUGCUCACCAGUGUGCUGGCCGCGCUGCGCCUGGAGUCGUUUGGCACGCCGCCGCAGCGUGCCGACGAGGCGCGUGCAUUCCGCACGAGCGAGGUCAUUCCCUUUGCUGCGCGCCUCAUCUUUGAGGUGUGGGACUGCGCGAGUCCUGUGCCGGCGCCGACCGAGACGCCACACAAGCGGCGCCUUCCGCUGUCGACGUACCCCCCCGCGCAGUAUGUGCGGCUCAAGCUGAACGAUGCGAUUGUACCGCUGCGACAGCUGCACGGGUGCGAAGACCGCGCAGACGGCCUAUGCACGCUACCGGCGUUCCUGCGCGCCCACGCGGAUCGUCACGAGCAGGGCUGGUGGGGACACUGUACGUAG